AUGAUUGAAAUGUCGGUUGAAAAGUGCCAUCAGCGCACGCACGCGCUCGCCAAGCUCAUCAAGUGCGCGCGAGAGGAAGAUCAAGAGAUGAUUUCAGGGGCGCUGGACGUGGUCGAGCGCGUGCGGGCGCGGGUGGAGGACGCGGGCGGGGACGCGAGGGAGGAGACGCGCGGCGGCGGCGGCGCGUCGACGACGACGACGUUCGAUCACGCGGCGUUUGAGCGGCGCAUGGACGCCAGAGUGGAUCGAUUAUUGGAACUCGUCGUGAAUGCGGUGCAGCGGAACGCGACGCUGGUGAGCGCGGAGACGAUGACGACGACGCGGGGAGAGGUUGACGCGCUGCGGGAGGCGUUGCGCGCCGAACGCGAGGCGCGCGCGAGGGACGUCGAGCGACUGACGGCAGACGUCGAGCGGUUGAAGCGUGAACGAGCUGAUGCGGCGGCGGCGACGACGACGAGCGGGCGGCCGGAGUUGGACGCGCGGCGACGGCGGCUUCAGGGUUUAUACCGCGAGUUACAAACGCUUUCGUUUUAA